GUUGGAAUAGUUGUGUACGACAGGGUCUGAUGCGGGUAACUCUCCUCAACGCAUAGAUAGAUGAAUACCUUACCAUAUACGAACAUGACAAAACCGAUAGAUAGAUAUAUAGGCGUGUGUAUUAACUAGAGCAGCGUUCCUGGCUGUUCAGCUUCCGAAUCCGUGGUAGACUGGUAGUAGUAGCAGACCGGCUAAAAUGUGAGCACGGUUAGCAUAUAUAUAACUGCACGUCCACAACGCCAAGUGAUCAGAGGGGCCAGCCAAUUAUUGGAGCGACGAGGAGAGAACAAUGGCCGCCGUCAGGCUCCUAAAGCUAAACAAGCAGCCCAGGGCGAAGAGCUUGUGGACCCUCGUGCGCCGCCUGCUCCUCCUCCGCAGAAGCCGCAAGCAGCAGCAGCAGCCGGCGGCGGCGGAGCAGGAUAGCGAAGGAGAGAAGAGCCACCUGCUGAGCCGGAGCUCUCUGGAGCAGCUGCUUGUCACGUCGUCGACGGAUGGCGCUGCCUGCCGGUGCGCCAAGAAGCUCGGGCAGCCUGUGGCGCCGCUUCGCCCGGAGGCGGCGGAUGCGGAUGCGGAUGCGGCUGCGGGUGCGGCGUCGCCGACUGGUGGUGCGCACCGUGGCGCCGCGCCGGCCGCGCACCGGAGGUUCAUGUUCGGCGGGUUCCGCCGACGGCUGCUCAUGCGGAGGCCGUGGCGGCCGAUGCUCGUCGCCAUCCCGGAGUGAUCGAAUCCGUUCAGUAACCGCAUGCCUGGUGACGGGGAAAUGCGAGCGCUGGGGUAUGAUUCGGCAGGCGUUCAAGUGCGCCAGUCAGUCCGUCAGAUCAGCUCCGUACGGCGCUAAUUCCAGUGUCCCAUUCUUCUGAGACGCACUUGUGCCCAGCCCUGUAUAGCUUUGCGUGCUGGUCCCGGGUUCUUGUCUGUUCCUCCCUCCCUCCCUUCCUUCCUAUCCUCGCCGCGGGCGAUCUGCUUUUCCUCGUUGUUCGAACAUAUAAAAUGUACUAAUGUAACCUGUACUACGCCAAAUCCGGACAAGAUAAUUUGAUCCGGCAAAGAACCUGCCUCGGACUCCGGUAAAGCGAACCCAA